AUGAGUAGGAAUGGUCCAUGGAUGUCUAUUGGCGACUUCAGCGAAAUCAAGAACAACUCAGAGAAAAGAGGAGGACCCUCACGUCCUGAGAGCUCGUUCACUGACUUUAGAAGAAUGAUACAAGUCUGUGAUUUUCAAGAUUUAAAACAUACUAGGGAUCCAUUCUCCUGGAUGGGAAAAAGAUACAGUCAUGAUGUUGCUUGUUGCUUAGACUGGACAAUGGUGAAUUCCAAAUGGAUAGCAAAAUUUCCAGCCUCUCAAGCUGAGUUUUUGGAGCUCAUUGAAUCAGACCAUAGACCGGUCAUCACCACCAUUACUAAUGAUUUCUCCCCUCGCAAAGGACAUUUCUACUUUGAUUCACGUAUGGUAAACAGAGAAGGUUUAGCGAUGCUGUAUCUAAAGGUUGGACAAUCCGAAGAUCAGGUCAAGCGAUGUGUCUCAGCUCCCGUUUGCGUGAAUGUAGAAGAUCCAUAUCCAUUUGGAAAAAAGCAAACAGAACAAAUGCUCAAGAAGAAAUAG